AUGGAGGAGCAGAUCCCUAAGGUCUCUGAGCCUACGAGUGCUGCCGCGCCCAAGCAGGAAGAGCAGGACUUGCCGAAAUUGUCGCCGCAGGAGUUCAGGAUAUACAACAGAAUGGCAGAGCACAUGGAUAUGUUUCACGAGAACUUCCGUAGGACGUGGAACCUCUUGUACGGCGCAUGCGAGAGCAAGAAGCGACCAAGCGGUAUGAGCAUCCGUCAAUUCAUCGGUGUUGGCGACGAUUUUUGCCAUCAUCUCACUAUACACCACACUAUCGAGGAGCGCCACAUCUUCCCAAUCCUUGCUCGUAAGAUGCCGGCCUUCAAGAAAGAGCUCGAGUUGCUCACUCAGCACAAACAAAUCCACAAUGGACUCGACAAGUUUGAAGAGUACCUGGGCCAGUGUCGAAGCGGAGAGAAAGAGCUGCGCAUGGAAGAGAUGAAGGCCAUCCUAGACACGUUCGGUAAGGUCCUUUGGCAACAUCUUGACGACGAGGUGCAUGAGUUGAGGGCCGAGAACAUGCGCAAAUACUGGACGCCAGCUGAGAUGGCGAGGAUACCCAUUUAG